AUGCCUACCAGUAAAUUUAUCCCAGUGCUAAGUACUAACCAACGCUUUUAUAGGUCGAUCAAGGGAUUGUUACUAGGUACGCUCUCAAGAAAUCCAACUUUUGUAUAUAAUUCCAAUCGUCGACUUCAUAUAUUCAAAAGAGUCUCCGAUAACUUCAUUCGUGCCAGAAUGUCUGAAACAACUACAACUACUACUUCAAAUGGUACGGCCGCCGCCUCUUCUGGCGGCUUGAGCCAGUCCACUCCUCCUCCAACAGACUAUUCCUCCUUACACAAAGCAUUGCCACCACACUUUAUAGGUCUUAAUACAAUUGCUAAUGCCGAGCCUAGUGUUGUCACUGAUUUCGUCAAAUCCCAUCAAGGUCAUACUGUCAUCUCCAAGGUGUUGAUCGCUAACAACGGUAUUGCCGCAGUUAAGGAAAUCAGAUCUGUUCGUAAAUGGGCUUACGAAACGUUUGGUGAUGAAAGAGCCAUUCAAUUCACUGUUAUGGCCACCCCGGAAGAUUUAGAAGCUAAUGCUGAGUAUAUCAGAAUGGCUGAUCAAUUUGUUGAAGUCCCUGGUGGUACCAAUAACAACAAUUAUGCCAAUGUGGAUUUAAUUGUUGAAAUUGCCGAAAGAACCGAUGUUCAUGCUGUUUGGGCUGGUUGGGGUCAUGCUUCUGAAAACCCAUUGUUACCAGAAAGAUUGGCAGCUUCUCCUAAAAAGAUUGUGUUUAUUGGUCCUCCAGGUUCAGCUAUGAGAUCUUUGGGUGAUAAGAUUUCUUCUACAAUCGUUGCCCAACAUGCUAAGGUGCCUUGUAUUCCUUGGUCUGGUACUGGUGUUGAUGAUGUUUUCAUUGACGAACAAACUAACUUGGUCAGUGUCACUGAUGAAGUUUACCAACAGGGUUGUUGUACUGGCCCAGAAGAUGGGUUAAUUAAAGCCAAAGAAAUUGGGUUCCCCGUUAUGAUUAAAGCUUCUGAAGGUGGUGGUGGUAAAGGUAUUCGUAAAGUUGAUAGUGAAGAAAACUUUGUCACCUUAUAUAAUCAAGCUGCCAAUGAAAUCCCCGGCUCCCCCAUUUUCAUUAUGAAGUUAGCUGGUGAUGCCAGACAUUUGGAAGUCCAAUUGUUGGCUGAUGAAUAUGGUACGAAUAUCUCUCUUUUCGGUAGAGAUUGUUCUGUUCAAAGAAGACAUCAAAAGAUUAUUGAAGAAGCUCCUGUUACCAUUGCAAACAAAGAUACUUUUAAUGCUAUGGAAAACGCUGCUGUCAGAUUAGGUAAGUUAGUCGGGUAUGUUUCUGCUGGUACGGUGGAAUACUUGUACUCUCAUCUGGAAGAUAAGUUUUACUUUUUGGAAUUGAACCCAAGAUUACAAGUUGAGCAUCCUACAACCGAAAUGGUUACUGGUGUCAAUUUACCUGCUGCACAAUUGCAAAUUGCUAUGGGUAUACCAAUGCACCGGAUUCGUGAUAUCAGAACCAUGUAUGGUGUUGAUCCUCAUACAUCUACUGAAAUUGAUUUUGAAUUUAAGUCUGAAGAUUCAUUGAAGUCACAAAGAAGACCAGUUCCUAAAGGUCAUACAACUGCUUGUCGUAUUACAUCUGAAGAUCCUGGUGAAGGUUUCAAACCUUCAGGUGGUACAUUACACGAAUUGAACUUCCGUUCUUCUUCAAAUGUUUGGGGUUACUUUUCUGUUUCCAAUCAAUCAUCCAUUCAUUCUUUCUCUGAUUCUCAAUUCGGUCAUAUCUUUGCUUUUGGUGAAAACCGUCAAGUUUCAAGAAAACAUAUGGUAGUUGCUUUGAAAGAAUUGUCUAUCAGAGGUGAUUUCAGAACCACAGUUGAAUAUUUGAUUAAAUUAUUGGAAACUCCAGAUUUUGAAGACAACACCAUAACAACUGGUUGGUUGGAUGAAUUAAUUACCAAGAAGUUAACUGCUGAAAGACCGGAUCCAAUUAUUGCAGUCUUAUGUGGUGCUGUGACUAAGGCUCAUAUUCAAAAUGAAGAAGAUAAAAAGGAAUACGUUCAAUCUUUAGAAAAGGGUCAGGUUCCAGGUAAGAACUUGUUGAAGACAAUUUACCCAGUGGAGUUUAUCUACGAAGGUUCAAGAUACAAGUUCACUGCCACAAAGUCUUCUUCUGAUACUUACACCUUAUUUUUGAAUGGUACCAGAAAUGUUGUAGGAGUCAGACCAUUAUCUGAUGGAGGUUUAUUGUGUGCUAUUGGUGGAAGAUCUCAUUCCGUUUACUGGAAAGAAGAAACUUCUGCUACCAGAGUUUCUGUUGACGGUAAGACUUGUUUGUUAGAAAUUGAAAACGAUCCUACUCAAUUAAGAACUCCAUCUCCUGGUAAGUUGGUCAAAUACUUGGUUGAAUCUGGUGAUCAUGUUGUCGCUGGUCAAGCAUAUGCUGAAGUUGAAGUCAUGAAGAUGUGUAUGCCUUUAAUCGCCCAAGAAAAUGGUGUGGUCCUGUUGUUAAAACAACCAGGAUCCACAGUUAAUGCUGGUGAUAUAUUGGCUAUUUUGGCCUUGGAUGAUCCUUCAAAGGUUAAGCACGCUAAACCUUAUGAAAAUACUUUACCUGACUUGGGUGAACCAACUGUUCAAGGUAACAGACCCGUUCACAAGUUCCAAGCUUGUCAUAACAUUUUAAAGAAUAUUUUGAGUGGUUUUGACAACCAAAUGAUCUUGAAUUCUACCAUGAAGAGUAUUUUGGAAGUCUUGAGAAAUAAGGAAUUGCCUUACUCUGAAUGGCAAUUACAAAUCUCUGCCUUACACUCUCGGUUGCCUACUAAGUUGAAUGAUUCUUUGGCUCAAUUAAUUGAACGUACUGAAUCAAGAGGUGCUGAGUUUCCUGCUAGACAAAUUUUGAAGUUGAUCCAAAAGGCAAGCUCAGAAUCUGAUGACUUGUUUGGUGCUAUUGUUGCUCCUUUGGUCGAGAUUGCUACCAAAUAUCAAAAUGGUUUGUUGUCCUAUGAAUAUCAAUACAUGGCUGAUUUGAUCAAAGAAUACAAUGCAGUUGAGUCUUUGUUUAGUGGUGCCAAUGUAAGAGAAGAAGAUGUGAUUUUGAAGCUUAGAGAUGAAAAUAAGUCUGAUUUGGGUAAGGUUGUAUCCUUGUCCUUAUCUCAUUCUCGUGUUUCAGCCAAGAACAACUUGAUCUUGGCCAUUUUGGAAGAGUAUCAAGAUAAGAUUCAAGCCAACCCAACUAUUUCUGGUCCUCUCAGAGAAGAGUUGAAGAAGGUUGUUGAAUUGGAAAACAGAUCCUCUGCAAAGGUUGCAUUGAAGGCCAGAGAAAUCUUGAUUCAAUGUUCUUUACCAUCGAUCCAAGAAAGAUCUGAUCAAUUGGAACAUAUUUUGAGAUCCUCUGUUUCUGAAACUUCAUAUGGUGAAUUCUACUCUCAACACAGAAACCCUAAGGUUGAGAUCAUUCAAGAAGUUGUUGAUUCUAAGCACACUGUGUUUGAUGUUUUGAACCAAUUUUUGGUUUCCAAUGACGAAUGGGUUGCCAUUGCAGCAGCAGAAGUUUAUGUCAGACGUGCUUACAGAGCCUACACUUUGGGUAAGAUCAGCUAUGAUUUUCAAGAUCGUUUGCCAAUUGUUGAAUGGUCGUUCAAGUUACCAAGCAUGCAAACUUUUGAGUUCAAUGCUAUUCAACAAUUAAAGGGAGAUUCAUCUGCCAUGAACAGAGCUGCUUCUGUUUCUGAUUUGUCCUUUGUCACAGACAAGAAGGAACUGAAGAACAGAUUAGGUGUUUUAGUUCCCUCUAGACAUUUAGACGAUGCUGAUGAAAUGCUUACCGUUGCCUUGGAGAAGUUACUGCCAGCUGACGCUAUCACCUUCUCCACUCAUGGUAAGACUCCGGAAUUGUUGAACGUGGUUAAUAUUGUUGUCACUAGUGUUGAUGGUUACAUCACUGAGAAUGAAAUCUUGAACAAGAUUCAUGAUAUUUUGACUGAGUUCAAGGAAGAUUUGAUACAAUCUGGUGUUAGAAGAAUUACUUUUGUGUUGGCCAAUCACGUUGGUACUUACCCCAAGUAUUAUACUUUCACUGGACCUGAAUACGAAGAAAAUAAAGUCAUUCGUCACAUUGAACCAGCCUUGGCUUUCCAAUUGGAAUUGGGAAGAUUGGUCAACUUUGAUAUCAAGCCUCUUUUCACUGACAAUAGAAAUAUCCAUGUCUAUGAAUGUGUUGGUAAAAAUGCUCCAUCCGAUAAGAGAUUCUUUACCAGAGGUAUUGUGAGAACAGGAAUCAUUCGUCCUGACAUUUCACUUAGUGAGUACUUGAUUUCCGAAUCCAACCGUUUGAUGUCUGAUAUUUUAGAUGCUUUGGAAAUUAUUGAUACCUCCAACUCUGAUUUGAAUCAUAUUUUCAUCAAUUUCUCCAAUGUCUUCAACAUUUUACCUCAAGAAGUUGAAGCUGCUUUUGCUUCUUUCUUGGAAAGAUUCGGAAGAAGAUUGUGGAGAUUAAGAGUCACUGGUGCUGAAAUUAGAAUUGUUUGUACCGAUCCUCAAUCUGGUGCUUCAUUCCCAUUACGUGCUAUCAUUAGUAAUGUUUCUGGUUAUGUUGUCAAGUCCGAAUUGUACAUGGAAGUCAAGAACAAUAAGGGUGAAUGGGUCUUCAAGUCUAUUGGCCAACCAGGCUCAAUGCAUUUGAGACCUAUUUCUACUCCUUACCCUGCCAAGGAAUCCUUACAACCCAAACGUUACAAGGCUCACAAUAUGGGGACUACAUUUGUCUAUGAUUUCCCUGAAUUGUUCCGUCAAGCCACUAUUUCCCAAUGGAAAAAGGGUAACAAGAACCCAAAGAUUCCAAAGGAUGUUUUCACCUCUCUUGAAUUGAUUCAAGACGAUGAAACUGGAGAUUUGACUGCUGUCGAAAGGGAGCCUGGCUGGAACAAGAUUGGUAUGGUCGGUUUCAAGGUUACUGCAAAGACACCCGAAUACCCAAGAGGUCGUCAAUUUAUUAUUGUUGCUAAUGAUAUCACCCACAAGAUUGGUUCAUUUGGUCCUCAAGAAGAUAACUACUUUAACAAGUGUACUGAAUUAGCUAGGAAGUUAGGUAUUCCAAGAAUCUAUCUUUCUGCUAACUCUGGUGCCAGAAUUGGUAUUGCCGAAGAAUUGGUUCCAUUAUUCAAGGUUGCCUGGAAUGAUCCUAAUGAUCAACAAAAGGGUUUCCAAUACUUGUAUUUGACCCCGGAAGACAAGAAGGCCAUUGAUGAUUCUGGUAAUGGGUCGACCAUUGCAACUGAAAGAGUAGUUGAAAAUGGUGAAGAAAGAUUUGUCAUUACUCACAUCAUCGGUGCUGAAGAUGGUUUAGGUGUUGAAUGUCUUAAGGGUUCUGGUUUGAUUGCUGGUGCAACUUCCAGAGCUUACAAGGAUAUUUUUACCAUCACCUUGGUAACAUGUAGAUCUGUUGGUAUUGGUGCUUACUUGGUCAGAUUGGGUCAAAGAGCCAUUCAAAUUGAGGGCCAGCCUAUUAUCUUGACUGGUGCUCCUGCUAUCAACAAAUUGUUGGGUAGAGAAGUUUAUUCUUCUAACUUACAAUUGGGUGGUACUCAAAUUAUGUACAGAAAUGGUGUUUCCCAUUUAACUGCUUCUGAUGAUUUGGCUGGUGUUGAAAAGAUCAUGGAAUGGAUGUCUUAUGUUCCUGCUAGUAGGGACAUGCCAGUUCCUAUUUUGGAAUCUGAAGACAAAUGGGACAGAGAUGUCGAAUACAUGCCUUCAAAGAGUGAACCAUAUGAUGUUAGAUGGAUGAUUGAAGGUCGUACUUUGGAGAAUGGAGAUUUCGAAUCUGGAUUGUUUGAUAAGGAAUCAUUCCAAGAAACAUUAUCUGGUUGGGCUAAGGGUGUCGUUGUUGGUAGAGCUAGACUUGGUGGUAUCCCCAUGGGUGUUAUUGGUGUUGAAACCAGAGUUGUGGAGAAUUUAUUCCCUGCUGAUCCUGCCAACCCUGAUUCAACUGAAGUUAUGAUUCAAGAAGCUGGUCAAGUUUGGUAUCCUAAUUCUGCUUUCAAGACUGCUCAAGCCAUUAAUGAUUUCAACAAUGGUGAACAAUUACCAUUGAUGAUCUUAGCUAACUGGAGAGGGUUCUCUGGUGGUCAAAGAGAUAUGUACAAUGAAGUUCUUAAGUAUGGUGCAUUCAUUGUUGAUGCCUUGGUUGAUUUCAAACAACCUAUUUUCACCUAUAUUCCUCCUACCGGUGAAUUAAGAGGUGGUUCCUGGGUUGUUGUUGAUCCUACUAUCAAUGCCGAUAUGAUGGAAAUGUAUGCCGACACAGAAUCCAGAGGUGGUGUCUUAGAACCAGAAGGUAUGGUUGGUAUCAAGUUUAGACGUGAUAAGUUAUUGAGUACCAUGUCAAGAUUGGAUCCCACCUAUGCUAAUUUGAAGAACCAAUUGAAUGCCUCUAAGGCAGGAUCAGAAGAACAUUCUCAAAUCUCUGCCAAGUUAGCAGCCCGUGAAAAGGCCUUGAUGCCUAUUUAUGCUCAAAUCUCUGUUCAAUUUGCUGAUUUGCAUGACAGAGCUGGUCGUAUGGUUGCCAAGGGGGUUAUCAAGAAGGAAAUCAAAUGGCAGGAUGCCAGAAGAUUCUUUUUCUGGAGAUUACGUCGUCGUUUGAAUGAAGAGUACGUCUUGAAGUUGAUCAGUGGUCAAGUCAAGGACGCUACCAAGUUGGAGAAGGUUGCCAGAUUGAAGAGUUGGAUGCCAACUAUUGAUUAUGACAAUGAUGAAGAAGUUAGUAACUGGAUUGAACUGAACCACACCAAGUUACAAAAGCGUAUUGAAGAAUUGAAGGCUGAGUCUUCUAGAAAGAACAUCACCAAACUUUUGAAACAAGAUGCUUCUGCUGUUGAUGCCGUUAAGGAUUUUUUGUCUUCACUUUCUGAUGAGGAAAGAAAUUUGGACUCCUUCUUCCUAUACGAAGACACUCAUUAUCGUGAACCCGAUCGGAUCCGGUCGCUUAUUAGCAAGCGGUUCUCUAUAGGCAACUUUUCAGCGUUCAGAGGCGAGUUCUCUAAGCUGGUUUUGACUCGGUUGAAGAAGUGUCCGAUGGUUGCCGCCAUCACACCCGAUAUUGAAGUCAAUGCCUUUGGAAAUGUCGUUGUCCAAGAUGAAGCGCCCAGACACCUUGCACGGAUAUCCCAAAGAGAUACCUUAGAACCUGGAGAUAGUUACUGUUACUACUAUGAUGAUGAUCUCCAAGGUCACAAGAUCAACGCAUAUGUUAUUGAUAGUGGAGUGGAAACAGAUCACCAGGAGUUUGACGGUAGAGCCGUAUUCGGAAUUGAUCUUACGCUGGAAGGACCUGGAGAUAAGAACGGCCAUGGCACUCAUGUUGCCGGUACCAUUGGAUCCAAGACGUACGGAGUUGCAAAAAGGGUUCUGCUUAUUGACGUCAAGGCUCUUGAUGGUAAUGGCAUUGGGAGUCUCAGUACAAUAAUCUCUGGCAUUGAAUUUGCUGUAAGGCACCGCCAGAAUAGUGGUCGACACGGUGUGGCCAAUCUUUCUUUGGGGUCCACUAAGAAUUCCGUUCUAAACAGUGCGAUUAAGGCAGCAGCCGAUUCCGGAUUGGUGGUGGUAGCAGCUGCUGGAAACUCGAACGAGAACGCGUGCUACACAAGUCCUGCCAGCUCACCGUAUGCCAUUACCGUGGGGGCCAUCGAUGAUUCCACAGAUACCAUAGCACCCUUCUCCAAUUGGGGAGAAUGCGUUGAUGUUUUCUCGAGUGGAGUGUAUGUAUACAGCGUCAAUUACCAAGACGCUAAACAUCCUCAUAUCCUUUCCGGUACGUCAAUGUCAUCUCCUGUAAUCGCCGGGAUAGUGGCCAAUAUGCUUAGCGAGGGCAUUGAACCGUGGGACAUUAAGGAUCAGUUGAUCAAACGGUCCACCACAGAUGUGAUACCUAAAAGGUCGUUCCUCUUCCGUCGGAAGACCCCAAAUAGAAUAGCGUACAGUGGUGAACCAGAUUCUGAUGAAUCAGAUGAUGAAUAG